AAUAGCUAUCAAUACGCAAGACUCUUUCGAUCACAAUGCAAUGUCGCGUAAUAAAACCCUAACGUAGAUCCACGUAACGUAUAUUAUACUUUUCGGCCGAUGUAUUUCCCAGAGCCUUCUUUUGGAGAGAAUGUUGAUCCUCAUUAUCUGUCCGGAGCUUGAUCAAAACAAUUUCGGAAAAUCUCCGAGAUAAUCCGAAUGAUGUUCUUCCGCCAAAUGCGUUGACGAACGUUCAUGCUUUGUGGUGUGGAAACCGAUUAUAUUUGAGGUGUUUCCUCGUUGCUAAAUAAAUAUUGGUUUGUGACAGUUGAAGAGAAAAGACCAAAAACCACGAUGUCUGAAUUUCAAGAAGAUAUGUUUUCUGAAAUGGAAGAAAAACGCCCCAAGGAGCAGCUGAAGGAGACGCGGUUUAAAGGAAAACAUUCUCUUGACAGUGACGAAGAAGACGACGAUGGUGACAAAUACGAACUUCUCGAUGAUGAAGACAUUGAAGGUCAGGAAGACGGAAUAAGUGACGUAGUGGAAGGUAUUCAGGUCACUCCCUUCAACAUGGCAGAGGAGAUGGAAGAAGGACAUUUUGACAAAGAUGGCAUGUUCAUCUUUGAGAAGGAUAAGGCACAAAUCCGAGACAGCUGGAUGGACAACAUUGACUGGGUUAAGGUGAAAGAAACACAGAUCAAACGUGACCUCAAGCGAUCACUGUCAGACAGUGAUGAAGAGUUACCUCCCUUUGAUGAGAAGGCUGUCUAUGCUGAGAUAUUGCCGAUGUUGCAACCAGGGGAGACAAUUGCUAAAGCCCUGCGGCGAAUUGGGGGAAACCAGAACCUGUCUGCCAGUCAAAGAUUAAAACUGAAGAAACAAAAGAAAUUAGAAAAUAAAAACAACAGCAGCACUGAGGAUGAAGCUCAGGAGAGGAAAGCUAGGAUGGCGAAAUUGACAGAACUUGCCGACAGCUUUGUGUCAAAUGGCAUCAUGGACAUAUACGAAAUGACAUGCGAGAAGAUCACACACACUUUGAAGAAGAUGGAGAGUCAGAAGGUGAAGUUUGACGUGCCAGCUGAUGUUGAUGACGAUGAUGCUCUCGAUAUGUUUGCUGAUAACUUUGAUAAGAAGGAUGCUGACAGUAAGGAGAUUGGACCCAGCAGCAGCAAGAAAGCCAAGAUGGAGAUGAACGGCAGUGGAGAAGAUUCAUCUCGUAAAACAGAACCUGCAGCAGCAUCAACAUCCACAGAGGCAGCAUCAACGUCAGCAGCAGAGGAGGAGUCGUCGGAGGUGAGGUGGGAGUACAAGUGGGAGGACAAAGACACGGCAACGAUCCAUGGCCCCUUCUCCAGCUCACAGAUGAUGAACUGGUCAGAAGAAGGAUUCUUUAAAGAAGGAGCGUAUUGUCGCAAAGUUGAUGCAGCUAACACCCAGUUCUACUCCACACGGAGGAUAGACUUUGACUUGUAUACAUAGGCUCCACAACACUUUGUAUCCCAGAAAUGGUGUGUUUGGGACGUUCGCACACCAUUGAUAUUGUUUGUAUGAUUGUUUAGAACCAUGUCUGCUUUUUAUAAUCAGAGCGUCAUUGCUGUGUGGAACCAGAUGGGGUGAACAUGUUCACUAAUAUUUGUAUAUAUUUAAAGUUGUUUUAGUGCUUUGGCUCCAAUCUUUCCCAUCCUCGGUGGUCCAGGGUGUUAUAUCUCCAAACUAUUAGAAUUAUGAACCUGGACUCAUUCACCACUUCAUUGGUCAUUUCAUGAAAGAACAUUUUGACAUGACCUGUAAUGGAUUGUCCUUAGAUGUUUGUGUAUCUGUAGCAAGCACCAAGAUCUGAUUUUAAUCUGAUUGAUUUUUUGCAUUAUGCCAUAUGAAUUAGACACAACAUGAAGCUAUUGUUGCUAGGGUCCGGGGUAUUGAUUAUUGUACCGGUAAUA